AUGGCGGUUGCCCAUCGCGUGCUGAACACAGCUGAGCUGGUCAGGCAUAUCUUGCUCCAAGGUCUCUCCAUAUUGGAUGUCAUGAAUGGAACCAUCAUCGACGACUCGAAGGCCCUCCGUCGCGCCCAGCUCCUGGAGCCGGAAGUUGCCUGCGUGACUAUCUACUGYGGCUGGCCCCAGCAGGAUCUGACUAUUACAAAGCUUCACCCGUCGCCUCAGUCAGGCUUUAUCAGAGACGGCAGCGUGUUACAACUGCUGAGCUAG